AUGAAGUUCGCUACUACUCUCGCUAUGAUCAUGGCCUUGGCCCAAACCUCUGCCUUUGCCCCUCAACCACGAGCACUUGUCCGACCUGCCUCUAUCGCCACUUUCAUGUCCGAGGAAGAGGCGGCGCCUUCCAGCUCUCUUGUUCCAAUCAAGGAAGAGACCAUUGAGUUCACUGCCGGUCUUAUUGGAGGAGCCGCUGGACUUAUCAUUGGAGGACCCGUCAUCGCUGCCAUUGGUGCUGCCGCCGCAAACUACGUCUCCAAGUCGGACAACGAAGCCGGAGACAUUGUGGGAACAGUCUCCAAGGGUGCCAUUGAAGUUUACAACUACCUCCUAAACCUUGACACCAAGUACGAAGUUUUGAAAAAGGCACAAGGAUCUCUAGAAGGCGCCCUUGAGAAGCUAAAGUCACAAGAGUCUGUCGAUCCCGAGGCCAUCCAAAAGGUGGAGAAGGCACUCGCUUCCACAAAGGCCAAGAUCACAGAAGUUAAUGAUGAAUACGACCUUGUUGGCGCUGGUAUGACCGCCCUUGGUGUUGCUGGUGACCUUAUCGAGAAGACUGUCAAGAAGGUCAGUGAACUUAACGAAGAGUACUCUCUUACCAGCAAGGCCAAGGAUGCUCUUGAUGGAGCCGUUUCAAAGGCCAAGGAUGCCCAAAAGAACCUAUAA